AUGGCUUUAAUAGACUCGAAACACACCAACCCGUUAUCCUUCCACUGCCGAGAGGGGGAAUACCACUCGGUCAGUGAGGUGACCGAGGGGAACUACAAGGGGUGCAACACGACCAACGUGCUACAAUCGAGUAGCAAUGGGAACACAACAUUCGCCUUGACCAGCCCAGGCGAGCGCUACUUCAUCUGUGGCAACAGGCUACAUUGCCUCGGCGGGAUGAAGCUCCACGUCCAUGUUGUCGAGAACCAGACCGUGUCCGGGCCCGUUGGAGCACCCUCAGCGCAGCCAGGUGGAUCCCUACGGCCCGGGUCUUCCAAGAGCGACGAACCUUCGAAUUCAGUUUCUUUUGUUAACCCUGUGUUCCAAUACUCACAGUACCACUCGGUCAGUGAGGUGACCGAGGGGAACUACAAGGGGUGCAACACGACCAACGUGCUACAAUCGAGUAACAAUGGGAACACAACAUUCGCCUUGACCAACCCAGGCGAGCGCUACUUUAUCUGUGGCAACAGGCUACAUUGCCUCGGCGGGAUGAAGCUCCACGUCCAUGUUGUCGAGAACCAGACCGUGUCCGGGCCCGUUGGAGCACCCUCAGCGCAGCCAGGUGGAUCCCUACGGCCCGGGUCUUCCAAGAGCGACGAACCUUCGAAUUCAGUUUCUUUUGUUAACCCUGGUAGCCUAGAAACUCUUCUCCUAUCAUCUUUUGCCUCCUACGUUAUAUCUUUCUCAUAA